CAUGUUUGACUAUCAUAGCCGAGGUGGCACGCCGCGUAAGCCGCGAACGGCAGUUGAAAAUGGGCCCGAAGAAGAUGCCGGCAACCAGCCAGAUGCCAAUGGCAACCAUGAUGACGACCUCACAACGAGGACUCGAGUAGAAAACGGCGCUGGCGGUGGGCGACAGCAGAAGCGUCUUCACUCUGGGGUUUUCAUUAUUGGCGUGUCUGGAGGAACGGCAUCUGGGAAGACAACUGUAUGCGAUACUAUCAUGCAGCGCUUGCAUGACAGCUGCGUCGUGAUGCUUUCACAAGAUUCGUUUUACCGCUGCCUGACGGAAGCAGAGCGUGAGAACGUAACAAGUUUCAAUUUCGACCACCCGGACGCCUUUGACAAACCCCUGCUACUGGAAACCCUGCAGAAGCUGCGGGAGGGCCGUCCCGUGCAAGUGCCCACGUACGACUUCUCCCGACACACCCGGUCCGAGGAGGUCCGCGUGACGGGGCCCGCGGACGUGGUGGUGGUGGAGGGCAUCCUGGUACUGGCCAUGAAGGAAGUCAGGGAGAUGUGCAACAUGAAGAUCUUUGUGGAUACGGAUGACGACUUGCGACUGGCGCGCCGCAUCCAGCGUGACGUGGCGUGCCGGGGACGUGAUGUGGUUGGCGUUAUCCGGCAGUACACUGAGUUUGUAAAACCCAUGUUUGACCAGUUCGUGGCCCCCUCCCGGCGACAUGCUGACGUCAUCAUCCCUUGGGGAAAGGGCGAGAAUCUGGUGGCCAUUGAUUUGAUCGUGGAGCACAUUCGCACCAAGUUGCAGCAGCCCGAGCUGAAGCGCAUCUACCCCAACCUUGAGGUGAUUCCGAGCAACUUCCAGAUCCAGGGAAUGCACACCAUCAUUCGAGACCGCAACACAAGCAAGGAAGACUUUGUGUUUUACGCGGACCGCCUGAACCGCCUGGUGGUGGAGGCGGGUCUGGGGCACCUGCCCUUCACGGAGCGCUCCGUGACCACCCCCACGGGCGCCCCCUACUGCGGAGUGGCCUUUGCCCGGCGGCUGUGCGGGGUGUCUAUCAUUCGCAGCGGGGAGGCCAUGGAGGCGGCGCUGAGGGCGUGCUGUAAGGGCAUCAAGAUUGGCAAGAUCCUCGUACACAGGCACCAGGACAACAACGACGUCAUCUACGAGAAGCUCCCCUCGGACAUUGCGGAUCGGCACGUGAUGCUGAUGGAUCCGCUGUUGAGCACGGGGGCCACGGCUGUCAAAGCCAUCCAGAUUCUCAAGGACCGCGGUGUGCCCGAGGACCGCAUCCUCUUCCUCACCAUCAUUGCGGCGCCCGAGGGUAUUGUCAAGGUCUGCAGCACCUUCCCCUCCGUGAAGCUGUUGACGUCGGAGAUUGACGAUUGCGUGGACCCGCGGGAGAACUUCGCCCUGGUGCCGGGGGCUGGCAACUACGGGGACCGCUACUUUUGCGACUGA